UUGGUGAAUCAAAUAGAACCGUUUAUUCCCGGAACGAUCCCGUUCGCGCAGUUUUUGGAGCAGUUAGAUUGGGUGUUUGCGCAUCAUAAAGUGACAAGUCCGGAGGAACAAAAAGUGUCGUUUUGGCUACUUGUAGUAGAGAAGUUUAUAGUGAGCUGAAGCUUCUUUUUCCCGGAAAGGAUUUGAAAGCCGUGUCGUUUAAAGAGUUUAAAGAAGCGAUACGAUAAGACUGAAAGCGAUUUGAUCCAGCGGUACAAGUUUUAUCAACGUGUUCAAGGUCCGAAUGAAAGUGCGGAGGAUUUUAUUCUUGCUGUCAAGCUCCAGGCAGAAAUGUGUGAUUUCGGAGAGUUUAAGGACAUGGCGAUUCGUGAUAAGUUGGUUUGCGGUAUCAGUAACAAGGACUUGCAGCAACGUUUAUUCGACGAGGACGAUUUAACUCUGGCCAAAGCGGAGAAACUCAUUGUGAACAGAGAGUUAGCAGGAGCAAGAGCUAAGUUGAUCUCUGGUGAUUCGACUCGUGUUAGCGUUUUGAACAGACUUGGGAAGCGUGACAGUCGUGUAGUUUCUCGAGAUCGCUCACGAGGAAGGAGUCGAGAACCAAGCAGAAGGAGAAGUCGAAGCCGUUCAGUUUCUUUUGAUCGCAGGAAUCGUUCUUCAUCCAGGACUCAAAGUUUGUUUUGCAACUUCUGUCGUAGGAAAGGUCAUGUACGUCGUUUUUGUUAUGACCUGAAGAACAAAGCAAAAAAAAGUUGCUUGCGGUUAAAAAUGGAAGUCGAUUGUGGCGCUGCAGUUUUCGUCAUCAGUUUUGAGAUGUACGAGGGAGAUUUCGAUCAUAUUCCAUUGCAAAAAUGCGACAAGAAGUUAGCAGUGAUCAAUGGGAGUCGUUUGAAGGUUGAAGGACAGAUUCAAGUUUAUGUAGAGUUUAAUAAUCAGAAAAAGGAUGUUUAUCUGAUUGUUUUGCGAAGCGACAACUGUUUCACGCCUUUGCUUGGACGAGAUUGGCUGGAUCUGUUUGUUCCUGAUUGGAGAAGAGCGUUUGGAAGCAACAUCAAUCAACUGGCAGUUUCGACAGACCAGACCGUUGCAGAGAUACAGAGUUUCCGUUGGAGGUCUGGUGUAUCUGGCGCACCGCAAUCAACUCAAGGUGUUUGGCACUAAUAAGAAAAGGUGUGGUUUGAUUUUUGCAAGGGGAAAGGAGAGCAGUCCAGCACGUAAACGAAGUAGAGAAGACGAUAACGACGAGAGCUUUGACGACGAUGCUAGCGACUUUCUCGGUUUCGCAGCGGAUUCGUUUAUUUACCGAGACACACCUGACGAUCAACCAAUGGUUUGUGAUUCGGAUGGUGGUGGUUCGGGUAGCAGUAAUUUACCGCUUGAGGAGGUUGAUCCUCAAGAAGGCACGUCUACGCGGCAGUGGUCGCGAUCGAAACAAACGAGUUCGGCGGAAAGUUCGAGUCAUCAGUCCGUCAGUUUACGUCGUUCGAGGAGAUCGAAGCGUCCUCGGAAAGAUCCCGAUUUCGUAUUUUAUAAACAACAAAAGUUUAAACGACAGUAAAGUUUAGUCGGUUUCAAAAUCUAUUGGUUUGCGGUAGUUUAGUUUUGCCGUAGUUUGAAUUUAUAUGGCAGUGAAGUUUCGCCAUGAUCGAAUGUAAGUUUAAAAAUAAGGGGGAAGAACUGUGGUGACCACCCGGCACUACAGCCCUAAAUGAACAGCUGCUGGAUCAGCGUUCAGAGUUUUAAGACAAUAGAUAGUUUA